AGACUAAAAGAAUAAGGCUACCCAGUGCCCGCCACUUCGCCAUCUUGCUCUUGCCUCUCCACUGUCCUGCCUCCGUCAGACCUGUCACCGAAAUCGUCUUUUACUUCCGCUCCGUCUCGUCCCCUGACUCCCGCCGCCUUCUUCUCCUUCCAGCAGUAAGUCUUUGCAUCUGUAAUUUGUAUUCCUUCCAAUGGAUUUAUGUAAGUUUCUGCUCGUUUAACGUAGUUACCCGUGAUCCUCACCCAAUUUAUUUGGCGAAAAUUGGAAUUUACAAAUUAGCUCUUCUUUAUACCCAGUUAGGAACUUCAAUCAAUUAUAUUUUUGUCGAACGUGAAGGGAAGGGUGAACCAAUGGUGCUGAGUUAACCGAUUGAGAAUGAGUGACGAUUCUCAUAAUGUGAAGUUUUCUGCGGAAUGCAAGCUUCCUCUGCAUCCUGCAAAACGUCUUAUUGUUCCUUACUUUAAUAAUCCCCUCUCGUUUGGUGAAUCCUUCUGUCCUUCAAAAGUCCCUGUUGUAGUUUUAGAAGUAAAAGGGCAAGCCCGCGGGUUUUGGUGCUAGAAGUCUAUGAUCAGAUAAUUCUAUUUAUGGGGUCUUAUAGCUUUUCCAGUGCAUUGAGAAACUUGAUCACCUGAAUCUUAUGAGAGUAUCUACAUUCGCAUGUUCAAUGUUGUCAACUUGUCAUUGUGCCCCCUCUCUUUAGGCUUCUUUUGGAUUUGAGUUUCUUAUAUAAGUAACGCGGUUUACUUGAUUGCUACAGGCAACAAUGGCUAAAUUGCUAUCAAGUAUGCUCUUGAAGGGGUUGACUAGUCCAUCGGCAUCGCGGUCUAGUAGAUUUGCGACUGGAUGGGUUCACCCUACUGGAAGAUACUCGUCUACAGUCCCUAGUGAUCCUGACACUCAUGAAGACUUCCAUCCAAGUAAUAAGACCGGGAAUGCUAAAGCUUCUUUGAAAGAUAUCGUUGAGCAGGAUGUGAGAGACAAUCCUGUGAUGCUAUACAUGAAAGGUGUGCCUGACUAUCCUCAGUGUGGAUUUAGUGCAUUGGCCAUAAGAGUACUGAGACAGUAUGAGGUUCCACUAAGUGCUAGAAACAUUAUUGAGAAUCCGGAGCUCAAAGAAGCUGUGAAAUCAUUCAGCAACUGGCCAACAUUUCCGCAGGUUUUCAUUAAAGGGGAGUUCAUUGGUGGGUCUGAUAUAGUUCUCAAUCUGCAUCAGAAUGGUGAACUGAAAGAGAUGCUCAAAGAUAUUGCAGCCAACGACAAGGCCGAAUGAUUUGAACUUGAAGAGGGUGGAGGGAUAGUUCAUCAAAUGCUGCUCUGUUUUCUUGGUAUUUUUUGUUCCUGUUGACAUGGACAGAAGGUGGUUUAGUGUAGAUUACAUGUAGAAGCUUUCCUGGUAGCUAUGGCCAUGAAAAAUAAUAAGAGCUAGAUUACCGGUGUAAAAGAAUAAGGGCUAGUUCCUGGUAGAAUAUAUGUAUUAAAACGAUCGAGAUUUGCGAAUCUAUGAAUGACAAUUCAAAUGAUUCUAUUACUAUAAAUAUUCUUUUCUUUAAUGUAUAAUUUCAUCUCCUGCUAAUUUUCUUUGUUGUUUAAUUUAAGUGGGUAUUUCGUUGCAGUGGUGACAGUGUUGGUCGAACAAUUUGCCUUGAAUUGCAAGGGGGCUACGAAAGAAGAAGAGGAAGAACGUGAGCCCAUUACAGAUGAGUUAUUUGAAUCGUACAUCAAUUUCUAUAAAACGGUAAACGAAGC